AUGAGUGGCGGACAGGAGAACAAACAGAGGGCGGGAGCAAGAAGCAGGACCGAAGAGGCCGCGAGGAAAGAGCGAAGGAGGCAGAGCGGGAAGGGGGCGGACCGGGAAAGAACGCAAACGGGACAACGGAAGGAGAAGACGAGAGGAGGACAGGCCGCAGGGGGGGAGAAAGAAGGAAAGCCAAAAGGAACCGAGAAGGGGGGGCAAGCGCCGAGAGGGGAGGACAAGGCAAGGGACGAAAAGAGGGGCAGUGAGCCGCCGAAGGAGGAGAAAAGGAAAGCGGGAGAGGGGGCGAGGGAGGAGGGGAAAGAAAGGGCGGAGAAAAGGCAGGAGGUAGUAGGGGGGCCAACCCGCGACAGAAACAACGACAAGGGAGAAGCAGAGGCAACGGAACCAGGGAAAAAAGAGAAGCGAGAAGGGACGCCGGAGCCAGAGAGCGACGACGCAGGGGACGAAAUGGGAAAAAGAGGGCAAAGCGAGACGAGCCAAGAAGGGCGCGGAGGAAGGACGGAGGGGUGGCACGGAAGAGGGCCACAGGAGAAGACCAAAGGGAGGGAGGCAGGGUGCAGCGAGGGGCAAGAAUACCAGGGCACGGGAGACAAGAGGGCGGGCCGGGGAGUGGCGGGCGGUGCCGCCGCGGGACGUGCGGGAGGCAAGGCGAACGAGAGGGGGGGAAGGUGA